AUGGCUAUUUGGGAGGACUAUGCUAUUCAACUUCAUGAUGCUAUUGACAAAAACCUUUUGCUUCAGGAACCAUUGGUUGUUAUGUUGACCCUGGGUAAAAUCAAGGAUGCUACAGAUUGUUACUGCUUGGCUGUUGAGACAGUUGAUGAAAUCAUCAUUGAUGCUCCAUGGAGUUAUGACAGUUGUCCUAACUGUACCACCAUAUUUGAUCCAUCGAAAUGUGGCUCAGCUUGCCGUUCUUGCCAAAAAACACUGUAUAAGUUAAAUGUUAGGAUGGAGCAUAAUAGGGACAAAGGAAACUUCCUUUUCGGGGAUGCAAUAUGUAUCAAGCUAUUUGGUAAGACUGCUGCCGAAUGUCGAGAUGAAUUGAUAGCGGCUGGGGACGAUAUUAAGGAGUUUCCACCCCGUGUUGAUGAAAUUCUAUCUAAAACUUGGGAAAUUUAUAUAGCAAUUUUCGGGGUUCUGCCUUUGUCAGUGACCACAAUAGCUAUAGCUUACAAUCCUUUCUCUGUUGCAGUAGAUGGUGUGCAUAUCAUUGAUCGCAGAUCUCAAUAUCUUACUGUUAACCUGAGGCACAACAACCUGAUGCCUCAACAUGAGGUUGUCUUUUAUUACCAGCCAAACCAAGGUAUCCAGCUUACUGAAAAAGAAACAAUUCAUUUAUGCUUGACUGAGAUUGGGAAUAUGCUACAAGCUAACAGAAGAAGCCUGCGAGAUUUUCCAUCCAUGCCAUACCCAAUAGGAUAUGCACCCAACCAACACCAUAAUAAACUCAUCCACAAUGAAAUGGCAUAUGACAAACAAAUGCUAGUAGCAGAAUUCAACAGAACAUACCAUUUGCUCAUAGAUGAGCAAAAAUCUAUUGUUGAUACCAUUAUCCGUGUAGUUGACACUCAAUCAACUGGAGUUUACUUCCUCUAUGGAUAUGGUGGAACUGGCAAAACAUUUGUUUGGACAACCUUAUCAUCUGCUAUACGCUCCAAUGGUGGAAUUAUUUGUACAGUUGCUUCAAGUGGAAUUGCUUCAUUACUAUUACCUGGUGGUCAGACAGCACAUUCCAAAUUUGCUAUACCAGUGCCUGCAACACAGAAUUCAACAUGCAAUAUUCAUCAAGACAGCGAGUUAGCUGAAUUAUUGAAGGUUACAAAACUAAUAGUCUGGGAUGAAGCUCCAAUGUGUUACAAAUUCGCUUUUGAGGCACUAGAUAAAAGCCUUAAAGACAUCAUGCACAACAAUCUGCCUUUUGGAAGCAAAAUUGUAGUUUUCAGUGGUGAUUUCUGA